AUGAGCAAUCCGGCGCUCUCGGGAAAUUUCGCCCCGGUGGCGGAUGAACUCGCGCAUGAACUCGCGUGCGCGAUCGCGGGGCGGCUUCCGAGGGCGAUCGAUGGGGUGUACGCGAGAAAUGGGCCGAAUCCGCACCGCGAGCCGGCGCUGGGGGUGGAUCGGUAUCACUGGUUUGACGGCGACGGAAUGGUGCACGCGGUGCGGUUGGGGGACGGAAAGGCGACGUACGUGCGGCGGUACGUGCGAACGCGCGGGUUCGAGCGCGAGCGGGCGAGUGGUGAAGCGUUGUACACGGGAUUGAGGGACAUUAAUCCGAUAUGGCGGUACUUGAUUCCUCGUUUGGUUGAAAAGUGUACGCUGGACGUCGCGCGGCCCGAUUCGGCGUACUUCGUGAUUCAGUCGAAGAAUACGAGCUCGAACGCGCUCAAAUAUCACGGCGGGCGACUGCUGUCGUUGUUUGAAUCGGGUUCCCCGUACGAGCUCGCGGUGGAUCCGCUAUUGACGACGAAGGGGCUGUGCGAUUUUAACGGGAGCUUCACGACGGCGGAUUUCUGGGCUGGAAAUUUCACGGCGCACCCGAAAAUUUGUCCGCUCACAAAGGAGCUCAUCUACAUGGGGUACAAUCUCGUCGCGCUGGGACCCGAGCAAGAGGGUCAGACCACCAUCACCGUCGGUGCGAUCGAUGAGAAGAGCGGGAAGAGAACGCGCAAGAGAACGUUCAAGGUGGAUCGACCGUCCAUGCAGCACGACGUCGCCAUCACGCCGACGAAGAUCGUUCUUAUCGACGGUCCGCUGAUUUUCAAUCUCUCACGCGUCAUACAAGGCGGACUUCCGUUCAGUUUCGAAAAAGAGUCCACGCUUCGCGUCGGUUACGUGCCUCGAGAGGGCGACGACGGUCCGUACUGGAUCGAUACCGAUGAGACGUGCUUCGCCUACCACGUCGUGAAUGCGUACGAGGAAGGUUCGAAACUCGUGCUCGACGUGUGUAAAUCAGACGAAACGAACGCGUUGGGUAUGUGCCAGGAGUCACAGGCGACGCGCUCGACGCCCUCAGCGAAUCCUGUUUGCGCCGGGCGAGACGUCGCCGCAUUGUGGCGAUGGGAGCUGGACACGGCGUCCAAAUCGUUGAUAUCUAGCACGCGCAUGUGUGAGCAGCCGUCGGACUUUCCGUGCAUCAAUAGAGACUUCACCGGCUUGAAGUAUCGCUACGCGUAUUCCGUCGCGUACAAAGCAGGCACAGAACCCAAGGACCGAAUGGACAUUCCUACUUUCGAUGCCGUCUUGAAACACGAUUUGGAUACGGGCGUGACGACGCGCUACGAUUUAGGCGACGGAAAGACGUGUGGUGAUAUUGUUUUCGUCCCCAGCGAAGAGCCGAAGAGCGAGGACGACGGUUAUUUGCUCGUUCUAACGCACAUUGAAGGCGAUGAUCCUCGUGCAGAGUUGCUAGUAUUGGACGUUUCCAAGGAGGUGAUGACGGAGCAGUGCGUCGUGAAUAUCCCGGUGCGCGUCCCGUACGGGUUUCACUGUGAAUACAUCCCAGGUCCUAUUCCGACGUGGCCUCUGUAG